AUGUUAGUUAAUUCAGGAAAUCUGAUUGUCAACAUAAAAAAUGAUAUUAUGAAGAGAUAUCAAAGGAUUAGUCUAAUAGGAUAAGGAAGCUUUGGAAAAGUAUACAAAAUAAGAAAUUAAGCAAAUGAAUUAAGAGCUUUGAAAAUAAUUGCUAAAAAGGAUUUCACAGAUUAAAAUGAAAUUGAGAAUAUGAAAAAGCUUGAUCAUCCAAAUAUAAUGGCUGUUUAUGAGAUAGCUUAAGAUGAAAAUUAUUAUUAUAUUGUAAGUCAGCUAUGUGAAGGUAUUGAAUUAUUUGAUGAAAUUCACAAAAGAAUUAAAUAACAUUAAAUCUUUUCUGAAGAAGAAGUCAGAUAUAUUUUUAAGUAGAUUUUAAGUGCUAUAGCAUAUGCACAUGAUAAAAAUAUUAUGCAUCGUGAUAUCAAACCUGAAAAUAUUCUUAUUGAUCCUACAGAUUAACAUAUAAAAAUUAUAGAUUGGGGAUUGAGUAAAGAUAUGACAAAUCUUGUAUCAAUAAAAUAGAAAAUAGGAACUAUUGAUUAUGCAGCUCCAGAAGUUCUCUUAGAAAAAGAAUAUGAUUAAAAAUGUGAUCUAUGGUCUUGUGGUGUGAUUUUAUACAUUCUAUUAUCUGGUGAAGUUCCAUUUCCAGGAGAUAAUACAGGAGAAAUAGAAAAGAAAAUUGUUUAAUCUAAAAUUAAUUUGAAAUAGAAAGUUUGGAAGACAAUUUCAGAAGAUGCUAAGAAUUUAUUAAAAAAAUUAUUAGAGACUGAUCCUAUUAAAAGAUAUAGUGCAUUAUAGGCAUUAGAAAGUGAAUGGAUUUAAAAGUAAAAUAAAUCAGUUACUAAAGAAAUAUCAUCUAAUGAAAUGUAAUAUAGACUUUAAAAAUUAUCCAGAUUUUGUUGUGAAAGUAAAAUGGUUUAAGCUACUUUUCACCUUAUGAUUUAAUAAAAUUUGACAUUAGAAAAAUAUAAGUAAUUAAGAUAAACAUUUUAAGAACUUGAUAAGAAUGGUGAUGGAAAAUUAAGUAUGGAAGAAUUAAAAGCACAUUGUAAUGAUGAUAUAGAUGUUGAAGAUUUAUUCAAUAGAGUAGAUACUGAUAAAAAUGGAUAUAUAGAAUUUACAGAAUUCUUGACAGCUGCUGUUGAUAUGAAAAAAUUAGCUUCUCAUGAUUAACUUAAAGAAGCAUUUCAUUUAUUAGAUCAAAAUGGAGAUGGAUUUUUAGAAAUUGAUGAAAUUAAAAAAAUUUUUAAUGGGAAAAUAUAAGUUUAAGAUGAAAAUUAAUGGGAUCAAUUAUUAUAAGAAAUGGAUAAGAAUAGUGAUGGUAAAAUAUCAUUAGAAGAAUAUUAAGAAGCUAUUUCAAAAUUUAUUGAUAAUAAUUAACCAUCAUCAACUUUUGCCAGUUAAAAUCCAAAUCCUGAACCAGAACCAAAUAUCAUAAAAAAAGUAAAGUUAACUGAAUCCACCUAUAAGUUAAGGAAUAGGUAAAUUAAUUGA